AUGUGGAUGGAAAAUUCGCCUACACCUUCGCCAAUUCAACACAGCGACUGUGAGAAGGUAAGGCGUGAGUGCCAUGAUUUCUUUAACUACAGAAGAAACCAUGGGCGUACUGUAGCUCAUUUCGUUCUUUUGAAGGUGUCACAAUGGAUGAAUGAAAUUGUGAGUCAGUCGCAGUACUUCAAAAAAGCCACUACGGAAUGCCACGAGCCGAAAACAGCGGCAGAGGGUACAGUGCCGCAGCCGCAGUCGGAACAACCAGCAGUGGAAGCACCAGCAGUACCGCAGCCGCAGUCGGAACAACCAGCAGUGAAAGAACCAGCAGUACCGCAGCCGCAGUCGGAACAACCAGCAGUGGAAGAACCAUCACCAACAGGACCACCCCCGACUGCUCCACCACCACCACCAGUUGAAUUGAAGCAGUGA